CCUUACAAUUUUUGAAGACUUGAGUGUGGCGGAGGGAUGUAUUUCUGGCUAUUCUGCCUUUCUAAUUUACAAGGAAAGAAUAUAGGUACAGAACGGGGUCGAUUUAUACUUUCUUCAACCCGUCUCGAAUAGCCGACGAUAUUUCCGUGCCCGGUGGUGGGCCAUCUCCUUUCAGCUACGCAGUGGAGAUGUCGGGUUUCCUGAAAUGGCAUCUCCGCUAUGCAUGGCCGACUUCAAUUUGAAUCGAACCACUCACUUAAAACAUACUUGGAGACCGACUUCACUGCGGUCUUUGCAUAUUAUAAAAUUCUAGAGUGUUCUGGUGAAUGGUGCAUAAGUAAACAGCGAAUAUGGAUAGGAAUGACAACCAUUUUUGCUGAAGUAAGCCUAUGAUGUCGUUACUCUUCCUCCGUUGCCGAGUCGCUUCGCUUGGCGGUCGUCGAGCCUUUGCAUCAGUUGCCAAUGGACGCUUCCGGGGUCUACCUACGGUAAUAAAAGUCUCUAGUGUCGAGGCCCAAAAGGGGCUCCUUGAUGCUAGAAACUUGGAAAAGGCGGUGGGUGCGGUGCACAGGGACGGCCUCGUGGUUGUCGAAGAUGUAAUUCCGCACAACGUCUUGGAUCAGCUAAACAAGAAAAUGGUCGAAGACGCGCGGAUCCUACAAGCACGAGGCGAAGAUGGACCGUUCAACUAUAACACGGGGAAUCUACAGCAGGAUGCACCUCCAGUCGCCGAAUAUUUCAGUCCGACGAUAUUCACUAAUCCCAUCGCCACACAGAUCACAACUGCUGUGCUUGGCCCCCGUCCCAAGUGGUCAUUCUGCUCAGCUAACUCGGCUAUGCCUCCGUUACCGAGAGGGGAACCCUCACGUCAACCGGUACACUCGGAUGCGGACUUCAAGCAUCCGGAUCAUCCGUUCGCGCUCGUCGUCAACAUCCCGCUUGUCACCAUGACGCCAGAGAACGGGUCAACAGAGAUUUGGCUCGGAACUCACAACGGCGCUAGCGUAGACGGCCAAGAAGGCGCGCAUGGCGAGCGAGCCAGCGGUCGCAUACGAGAGGACCUGCUAGCUCAACGCAAAGAAGUAUGCCCGCCGUCCCAACCAGUCAUCAAGAAAGGCAGCAUCGUGAUCCGCGAUCUCCGGCUCUGGCACGCCGGGAUGCCGAAUCUAAGCAGUGAGGUGCGCGUCAUGCUUGCCAUGAUCCACUUUGCCCCCUGGUAUAGGAAUCCGAUGCGGCUCGAGUUCUCGGAGGACAUCAAGCCCGUGCUAGAGAAGCUGGAGAGCGAGGGCCGGCUGGGGCUGGAGGUACCGGUGGAUUGGGUAAGCAGGGAGGAAGCUCUGAAGGCAUAUCUGAACAGGGGUUUCGGGAAUAGUUAUGAUUUUAACCAGGCACCUUAGAUGUUACGAGGUUACUCAAAAUAUCAAACCGUAUGAUU